AUGCAGUACGAUCAGUCGGACGAGACCGUGAACGGACUACCGACGGAGAACCCGUGGAUGCAGAUGAACGCAGCGGAGGACGGUUUUGAGCGGCCCUAUCUGCCCCAUCGAAGAGAAAGCAACAGCAUAUACCGCACGCCAGAGCACGGAUACGGAUCCCGGGACCGUCUCUACGACAGUCCGUCUCCCCACAAACGCAAAUAUUCACCGUCGCCAGAUCGUCGCUACUACUCUCCCUCGCGCGAAGCAGAGUACCCGCCGCGAAUCCCCAAGCUCUCGCCGUUUGAGGAAAAGGUGGAGUCCAUCCCGUCGCUCUGUGACCGCAGAGACCCGUCUGUAGCCCAGUCUCCAAAUCUCGGCGCAUACCGUAUAGACAACGAUGAUGACUCCGACCACACUUUUGUGCCGUUUCCAGCCUUGAACAAUUCUUAUUAUCCGAUCAAUACUCCCAAAGACUACUUCGAUCCGUUCGAUUAUCGAUACGAAGAAGAAAGCCGCGAUGACUACGACGACACCAGCUCGAAUGUGAGUGUGACGUCGGCCCGGCAGGUGAGAAUGGUGAAUGGCAAUUUGGUGCUGGACUGCCCAGUCAGUGACGUGCUGCUCAACAAGUACACCACUUCGCUCUCUGAAAAAGAUCGAGAGUUCCUGUUUAUGCGGUUCCAGGCGUGCACAUGCCAGCCGGCAGACUUUGUGUUCCGCAAUUUCUCGCUCCGCCAGCGAUUCUACUCACAGCCGCGAUCCACGGAGAUGAUGGUUGUGAUCACCAUGUACAACGAGAGCGACAUUCUUCUUGCCCGGACACUAAAAGGAGUUUUUAAAAAUAUCCGCCAUUUGUACUCGCUCAAACACUCCUCCACAUGGGGACCGGACGCAUGGCAGAAAGUGGUGGUCUGCGUUGUUAGUGACGGAAGAACCAGAAUACACCCCAAGGCCAAAGCGCUUUUGGGAGCCCUCGGUGUGUAUCAAGAAGGUUUCGCUAAAAACAGAGUCAACGACGACAAGGUGGUGAGUCACAUUUACGAGUACACGACGAUGGUGGGAAUAAGCAAGGUGGCCAAGGACGAAAUCAAGCUGACGACAGAAAAUCAAAUCCCCAUUCAGAUGGUCUUCUGUUUGAAGGAAACGAACCAGAAGAAAAUAAACUCGCACGCGUGGGCUUUGGAAGCGUUUGCGCCCGUGCUGAACCCCAACGUCGUUGUAUUGGUGGACGUGGGAACCGAGCCAGAGGGAAAAGCGCUCUAUAAACUAUGGAAAGCGUUCAAAGAUCCACGGGUAGCUGGGGCCUGCGGAGAAAUAAAGGCCAGUCUUGGGAAAAAUAGCCGGCUGCUUCUCAAUCCGCUCGUGGCAGCACAAAAUUUCGAGUACAAAAUCAAUAACAUCCUUGACAAGCCGACGGAGUCUGUGUUUGGGUUUGUGACCGUGCUCCCGGGAGCGUUCAGUGCGUACCGGUACCAGGCACUGCUAGGAGCGCCGCUCCAGAAAUAUCUGAAGGGAGAAGAUCUCAAAAGAUCCAACAGCGGAGGUAUUUUCAACGCCAACAUGUAUCUUGCUGAAGAUAGAAUCCUCUGUUUUGAGCUGGUGGCAAAGCAGAACUGUCAAUGGCUACUCAAAUAUGUCAACACUGCAGCCGCGUACACGGACGUUCCAGAAGAAUUGCACGAUUUCAUUUCUCAGCGAAGACGGUGGUUGAAUGGCUCAUUCUUCGCAUCGAUCUACUCUCUGUUCCAUUUCUACAAAGUCUGGUCUACAUCUCACUCCGUGAGUCGCAAGAUUUUGUUGCACAUGCAGUUUCUCUACCAGUUUAUCAAUCUUCUGGUGUCGUGGUUCUCCCUUGGAUCGUACUUCCUGGUGUUUCGAAUUCUGACCGUCUACCUGGCCGAGCCAGAGGCCGAUUUUGCGCCAGGAAACGUGCUUUCGGUUUUCUUUCUUUGGCUCUAUCUGGCCUCCAUCGUGACCACGUUCGUGCUCUCGUUCGGUAACAAACCCAAAGGGACGAAGAGGUUCUACCUCGUGAUUGUCGCAUUCUUUGCCAUUCUGAUGGUGUACAUGAUAUUUGCCGCGAUCUUUAUGGCCGUGAAGAGCAUCCAGAAGAUCAUGAACGAACAUGCGCACAAUUUCAGCAUCAAGCUAAUUUUCACAGAAACAAGGUUCCGCGAUCUGAUCGUGGCUACCACAUCGACCUACGCAUUGUAUUUCAUUGGGUCCUUUAUUUUUCUGGACCCGUACCACAUGAUUACCAGCUUUGUCCAGUACCUGCUACUAAGUCCUGCCUACAUCAAUGUCCUGAAUAUCUACGCUUUCUGCAACAUCCACGACAUCACGUGGGGAACUAAAGGAGAGGAUUCUGAAAACGAUUUGGGUGUGGCUAGGGUUUCGAAGAAUACACAAGACGGGGAGCUCGAAAUUGUCAUCCCAACCACCAAGAGCCAGAUCGAUAAUGCCUACGUGAAAAUGAUCAACGAGCUGACUACGAGAGUCUCCGAAAAAGAAGACAAAGUCAACGAGGAGGAGGAAGACGCUUUCUACUUUGCCUUCAUCCGUUCGAUGACAGUGCUUGUUUGGAUGAUCACCAACUUCAUAGUGAUUGCGCUGGUCACCGAAACGGGGGGUCUGUAUCAAUUCACCUCGGACAGCACGAGCUCGUCGAGCUAUCUGCCGAACAGUCGCACAUCUAUUUUUUUGACCGUUAUUCUAUGGAUUGUGGCGUUCAUGGCACUGUUCCGUUUCAUUGGGUGCUGCGCCUAUAUGGUCAUGAAGCUCGUGGACUGGUUUAAGCUACGCAAAUUUAGAAACGAGUACCGAACUAAAGGAGCUGCGUUUUCUGUAUAA